UUCUCCGCUCGACCACGCCGCGAAAGUUCCAUUUGAUCGGCUAGCCGUUGGAUUCGGAGCGGGCUCUUGCAUAUGCAAUCGAGAUAGUAGGACAGGCUCGUGACCGGAUUCCUGCAGUAUCGGGAGAGCAAGGGGCAAGGGUUGGGGAACAAUUGGAUGCCUCCUCAGCCGGUGUCAAGGUGGCCCCUCUAAAUGAGUUACUCUCAAAAUGGGAGAGAUAUGGACCGACUUCCGGGGGCAGGGGAAUCCGUCAGGAGAGCAAGGGAGCGCGUUGCAGCCGGCUUCCAAAGGACUGAUCUCUCUCAAACAUCUCAACCUCCAAGGACAAGGGAGGACGAACCGCAAAUGGCCCAACCUUCCAUGACUCGCCGACCGGUCGCUGGACCGACUGCUGGACAACCGAGAGUCCCGCGACUGCAGGCGCCGCCUGGAUUGCAGCUGAAGGAUGGGCAGAUUGGCGUGGCGAUAUCACGACCGACGCAGGUUCCGCAAUGGCCCCUACCCGGUCCUCUCACUUCUCUCUCGGGCUCUUCGGAUUCAGAACCAUACCGACCACCACCAGGGAAAUCAACCCAGGCACCACAACGACCGCCCCGACCCAGCCGCGUCCCUUCAAUGCUAGACGGAUCGAAGAUCCAAGAUCCCACACCAUCCUUCCAGUACAGGCCGCAAUCCGGGAGAGAAUCAUCGGGCCAAGAACUCGCGUCAGUCCCCGAGACGCCUUCAUCUCUCUCUCGCCCUUCCACCGUCUCAUCUGUUGGAUCUAUACCCGACUUCCCCCUGCCAAUACCAAUACCUGUGGCACCACCGCCGCGACGAAGUGUGAACCUUGGGCCACCACCAUCCGCCAGGCGUGGCGCCUCUUCUUUCUAUUCCAACGCAUCGUUUGUGUCGCCGAUUCCCGAAGAGAGCCCUCGGUCUCGGUCACACGUCUCGUUCGCGUCAAGUGCUGCAAUGCCGGAGAGUUGGGGUACGCCAUCUCCAGGCCCCAGCCCGAACUACCCAGAACCUUCGUACGAGGACAUCAUAGCGGACCAAGCUGCUGGAGGCUCUGGGUAUGAAGACGAUGCGGAAGAGAGCCAGCUAGUGAGGAGUGCCAGCGUAGGGAAGAGAGGAAAGCCCACACUCGUUUCUACGACCACGCCGCGGGCUUUUGAAAGUGGAGAAUCAAGCCAAAGGCCAGCUCCAACACCGAUACAAAGUGACCCGUUCAAGAAUGGGACCGGAUACGUGGAAAACUCAUCUAGCUCCUCAGGAACGUUGCCUAUGUCGAGAGCACCAGUGCCCAGAGCGAUAACCACCGACAGCAUGCUGGACGCGUAUAACGCUGCCAGUGCCACAGACCCGUCAAACCCACCAACGGCAACCCCAUCCCCGCAACCUCGGGGUGGCCGGCCGUACAGCCGCCGACUGUCAGCGAUAUGGAGAGGGCCACCGCCGCAAUCCGACCCGGACAUACCCCCAAGGACAGAAUCCCGAGCGAGUCUCACGAGUCUGCCAGACCUCAUCCGCCGAGCGACGAGGCUAGCUGCAACCCUGGAAAUGGGGCGAAGGCCAGCAAGCCGAUUCGACGACCUCACUGACUCCUCAGGAGCCGACCUCUUCGGGAGGUAUGACAAGGAGUUGUCAGUCGACGGCGAGAAACAUCAAUCCGGUCUAUCGGAUAUGCUGGCUGCCUUCCCACCCCCGGGCCAGCCUGGGGCCCGCCGCAGCUUUCGGGAGAGCCUACGGCAACAAGUUGCCUCCUGGCCUCUGCCCCUUAAUACUAAUAAUCGUGGCCGAGGCAACGACUCCUCCCAAGAGGAUGUUUCAAGCCCCGGAACCUACACGCAAACGAACAAGCGCCGGAGGAUCUGCGGCCUUACCAUGUUGCGAUUCAUCAUUCUCUUCGUCAUUGCUCUGAUAAUCGUUGUAGCCGCCGUCGUGAUUCCCUUGCAAUUCUUCGUGUUCCGGAAGCGGAACGCAGCUGAAGCCCAACCAUCACUGCAGAAGUGCCUGGCCCAACUGAAUUGCUCGAAUGGCGGCACCAACGUGGUAAAACAAGGGGUCUGCUCCUGCAUCUGCACAGGCGGAUUUACCGGAUUCGACUGCACCCUCACCGGUGCGACGGGCUGCACCACCACCUCCUUGACCGGCGAGACUAAUAUCGAUAAUGUCACACUGGGGGAUGCCAUCCCCCGCCUCAUCCAGGCAGCUCAGUCUAAUUUCUCCAUCUCUCUCUCUCCCACGACCAUUCUGGCCAAGCUCAAUGCUGGCAACCUGAGCUGUUCCGCCGAGAAUGCCCUGGUCACCUUCGAUGGCCAGCCGACUCGUCAGGGCGACGCUUCAUCCGAGGUCACGGAUUCGUCCGGCGCAGUCAACGCCCUCAACGUGGAUGACGGAGUGGAAGUCAAGACCAUCACGGUGUCCAUAAGUGCUAGUUCCACGGUCACGCUCAAACGAGCAGCUGCUGCGGAACCCUCAGCGGAAGACCCCUCUCUCUACCACCCAGCCCAAGUCACGCCCAGGGCCAACAAGGCCCGGGCAGACGCGGGCUUCACGACGCUCGUGGUUGCCCCCGACACAUUGCCGACCAUCUUCGCCACGACGAUAUCCUUUGGCAAUAUCCCCCCGCAGAUCACGCGGACCUCGACGACGACGACAACGACGACCAUCAGCGCGGCCCCGGGGCCGAGCGCGACCUUCGCCGCCGUGGAGGAGACGCUGGACUUUGCCCGAGUGGCGGUCCUGUUCAUCCUGCAGGAGAAGAGCCUGAACGACGCCGAGUCGGCGCAGGUGACGCUGCAGAGGUUCUUCUCGACGGCCAGCGCCGGGAGGGCGGCGGGCGGCGGCGGCGGCGGCGGCGGCGGGGUGGACGUCGGCCAGGCGAGGAACGUCUCGCUGGGCAACGGCAACUCGGUCGACCUGGUCAACUUCCGCGUCGAUACCGGGAAGGGCGCAAGGGGUGGGAGAAGUUCAGGCGCUGCGCGCAGGCGGUCGGUUGGCCCCCGUCCCGUCCCCGUUCGCGUGCUUCACCAGCGACUGGGCGAAGGGGCUUAGCUUUGCCCCCAGGAAAAGGAGACUAGGGGAGGGGGCAGUUUUUGGAGCAGUAACUUCCUGUACAAGUAACAAACGGCACUUUUCAUGGCCUGGACAUGGCUCACCGUGAGCCCACCAGCCAAGCGCAAGCGUUGGGCGUCGGUGUAUUUAGGUGGAAGGGGGGUGGAUUAUUUCGAGAUACCAUAUCAAUAAGGGGGAUCAAUCGGGAGGUACAAAGUAUGAUACUUUGAAGUCUCAGAUACUCGUACUCUUCCAUUCGCUCGCAACGUGCCACGGAUGCCUCUCAACCUGUGCCGGCCCUUGGCUGUCUAUCUUCACGGGCUUUUCACCCCAGGAAGCGCUCUUGCCUCGUGGGAAUAAAAUGCCCCUUGAGCUAUAAGAAGUUAUUUUGUACCUCUGGCCCACGUCACCACGCAGGCAGAAAGCUCUCCCAGGAGCUUGAUGCACCUGGUUAACAUGGAAAAUCACCGGCCCUUGAAUAUGAAUAGAUGAAGUCUAG